AAUAUGGCUCGAAUUAUGCCUGUGGGAUGUAAUGCAUUACCCACGAAACCUGAAGAUAGAACUGAAUAAUUCCUUUCUACCUUCGUCGCUGCGAAGGUCUGCCAAAGAGGUGUAUUCCUCAAGAGUCUCGACUGCAGCAGCGCGAGACAGACAGCAAAUGUUUAUUUGAAGAUGGAUUCUUGUCGGCAUCCAUAAGUAUUUUCCGGUAGAAGGCGGCCUUGGCAUCGGGAAUCCGCCACUGGUGUAUGAUGUUGCUAGCAUCGGCUGUGGUCGUAUGGGAAUGGCUAAACGAACACGGGCGCUGGCGACCCUACAGCCCGGCCGUCUCUCAUCACAUCGAAGCGGUGAUCCGCAGCGACCCACGGGGAAGCAGUGUGGUACUAGGCCAGGUUGACUCGAGGCUGUCGCCCUACAUCAUCGACUUGCAAUCCAUGCACCAGUUUCGGCAAGACACAGGCACCCUUCGUCCGGUGCGGCGCAGCUUCUAUGACCCGACGUCGGCGCCGGGCCACGGCUGGCUGUGGGAGUGGGAGAACGACUCGGGCUCGUGGACGGCGUACGACACGGAGGUGAGCAUCGCCAUCCAGGCGGCGCGGGACCGCAACCAGCCCUGGCUGGACCUGUCGCCGCUGGGCUUCUGCUACCUGAUCGACCUGCAGACCAUGACCCAGUUCAACCGGCAGACGCAGCGGCGCCGCCGCAUCCAGAGACGCUCGGACCUGGCCUACCCGCUCGUCACCGGGCCCCUGCCCAGGGCGUGGGCCAGCAUGGGCGUCGCCGGCGGGAGGUUCGGGGGCCCCGGCGGGGGUCUGCUCGGCGUCGGGGUGUCCGGGAUCGUGGCCAGGGGCAACGGCAGCGCCUACCCGAGCGGCGCCCUGCCGGCCUCGGCCAUCACCUCGCUGGGGCAGCCCUGCUCGUGCCAGCAGUGCAUGCUGGUCCUGGGCGUGAAGACGGGCGCGGGCUUCGGCGGGGUGGGCGGAGGGGCGCACACGCUGGGACGCAAGCCGCCGCUGCCCCCGCCCAUGCAGACUAAGCCGCCCAGCCCCAAAUUGGGACCCCCGCAGAGGGGCUACUCCUACUCGCUCACCCUGCCGCACCCCCCGUCUCUCUCCCGGGUCCUGGCGCCCCAUCGGAACUCCAUGCUGGUCAGCAACGGCGGCUUCGCGCACUCCCUCUCCCUGCUGGGCGCGGCCACCGCCGGACUCUCGCUCUCCUCCGUGCCGGCCCCCGGCCCCGGCUCGCUCCUGCCCUCGUCCUCCUCGUCCUCCUCCGCGUCCACGUUCUCGCGGCCGCCGCCGCCCCCCAUGCCGCCCCCGCCCCCGCCGUCCGUGUCCACCCCGGCAACCGCCUCCUCCUCCUCCGCCUCCGCCUCCGCCUCCGUCUCCGGGGUGCCGUCCCUUCCGCCCAUCCCCACGCCGACCACCGCGCUGAUUUCCACGACGACCAGCUGCGCUCCCACGCCGUCGGCGCGCGUGCUGGGCCCCGUGUCAUCAGCGUGCGCCGCGCCCCUCCCCCCGCGCUCCAGCCUGGUCGGACUGAGUCGCCCCGCGCUGCAGCGCAUCGCCAUGGCACAGUCACGGGCACUCAUCGCUUCAGGGGUUCCCACUGUUCCAGUGAAGAACUUAAAUGGAUCAAGCCCUGUGCAUCCAGCUCUGGCAGGUAUAACAGGCAUUCUGAUGAGUGCCGCCGGUCUGCCCGUGUGCCUCACCCGGCCACCCAAGCUGGUCCUGCACCCCCCUCCCGUCAGCAAGAGCGACAUCAAGCCUGUGCCGGGCCUGGGUCACUGCUGCCGCAAGACCACCAAAAAGCAGGCGCGCAAAGGAAGAACUCCUGAGGAAGUGGUGAAAAGGUACCUGCAGAAGGUGCGCAACCCCCCAGAGGAGGACUGCACCAUCUGCAUGGAGGCUCUGUCGGGCCCGUCGGGCUACAAGGGCCCCGGCGUGGGCGGUGUGUCGCGGGUGGAGUCGGUGGGCCGCCUGGCCCAGUGCGGGCACCAGUACCACCUGCAGUGCCUGGUGGCCAUGUACAACAACGGCAACAAGGACGGCAGCCUCCAGUGCCCCACCUGCAAGACCAUCUACGGGGUAAAGACCGGCAACCAGCCGCCCGGCAAGAUGGAGUACCACGUCAUCCCCCACUCGCUGCCUGGCCACCCCGACUGCAAGACCAUUCGCAUCAUCUACAACAUUCCACCAGGCAUUCAGGGCCCUGAGCACCCCAAUCCCGGCAAGCCCUACACUGCCCGCGGUUUCCCCCGCCACUGCUACCUCCCAGACACUGAGAAAGGACGCAUUGUCCUGCGCCUGCUGCUGGUAGCCUGGGACCGUCGCCUCAUCUUCUCCGUGGGCACGUCCAGCACCACGGGCGAGUCGGACACGGUCAUCUGGAACGAGGUCCACCACAAGACGGAGUUCGGCUCCAACCUGACCGGCCACGGCUUCCCGGACCCCGGCCACCUGGACAACGUCCUGGAGGAGCUCCGCGCCCAGGGCAUCACGGAGGAGGAGAGCCUGAGAGACUGAUAGAAGAGAGAAAGAGAGAGAAAGAGAG